CAGGAGAGGAAUUGAAAGUGUGGCACCUUUUUAUCGACGCACAGUCUGUAGUUAAUGGAUUGAAAGAAGAGAAUAAAAAGAUUUAAUUAAUAUUUAGCAGCUUUUACAGCUGAACCCGGAGUUAAAGCUGGAAGGAGGCGGCGGAUCGCAGAUAUGCACGCAGCAGGAUGGAUUCUAUGUAACUCAAAUGCAACGUGAUGAGAUAACGAUGAAGAUGAUGAUGGCCCAGGGCGAGAAAGAUCCGAAACAUACCAACCAAGUCGUACUGGUCAAGAGAAUUAUAAUGAAGGAUGAUAACCCGGUCCAGCAGGGAAUCGGGAAGCCCAGUGUGUAUCACGCUGUUGUGGUCAUCUUCCUGGAGUUCUUCGCCUGGGGUCUCCUCACGACGCCAAUGCUUACUGUUUUACAUGAAACAUUCCCUAAACACACCUUCCUAAUAAAUGGCCUGAUUCAGGGAGUGAAGGGUCUGCUGUCGUUCAUGAGCGCUCCAUUGAUUGGCGCUCUUUCGGAUGUUUGGGGCAGACGGUCGUUUCUGUUGGUCACUGUGUUCUUCACAUGUGCUCCUAUUCCACUCAUGAGACUCAGUCCAUGGUGGUACUUCGCCAUGAUAUCCGUGUCCGGCGCUUUUUCUGUCACCUUCUCUGUGAUCUUUGCUUACAUCGCAGACGUGACGGAUGUACGUGAGAGGAGUACGGCGUACGGACUAGUUUCUGCGACGUUUGCAGCAAGUCUGGUGACGAGUCCUGCCAUCGGUGCGUACCUCUCGGCCAGUUACGGUGAUAAUCUGGUGGUGCUGUUGGCUACGCUCAUCGCUCUGGCCGACAUCUGCUUCAUACUGCUGGCCGUCCCAGAGUCUCUACCAGAUAAAAUGAGACUCAACACAUGGGGAGCGUCCAUAUCCUGGGAACAGGCCGACCCAUUCGCUUCUUUGCGUAAAGUUGGGCAGGACACGACAGUUCUUCUCAUCUGUAUAACAGUGUUUUUGUCGUAUCUCCCCGAGGCGGGGCAGUACUCCAGCUUCUUCCUCUACUUGCGUCAGGUCGUUAACUUCUCACCCAAAACGAUCGCCGUGUUCAUCGGCGUGGUGGGAAUCCUCUCCAUCGUGGCUCAGACGCUGUUUCUCACUUUAUUAAUGAGGACCAUCGGAAACAAGAACACAGUUCUGUUGGGUUUGGGCUUCCAGAUUCUGCAGCUGGCCUGGUACGGUUUAGGAUCAGAGCCGUGGAUGAUGUGGGCGGCCGGUGCGGUGGCAGCCAUGUCUAGCAUAACAUUCCCUGCAGUGAGCGCUUUAGUGUCACGCAAUGCAGAUCCAGAUAAACAGGGACUGGUUCAGGGAAUGAUAACCGGCAUUCGAGGUCUCUGCAACGGUUUGGGUCCCGCACUGUACGGCUUCAUUUUCUUCCUCUUUAAUGUAGAGCUGAGUGGGAUCACGUCGAUCGAACCUGACUAUGCAAUCCCCCUAACGACCCCUACUGAGAAGACAACGAUCCCUGGUCCGCCGUUCCUCCUUGGUGCCUGCACAGUGGUGGUUGCGUUUAUAGUCGCUCUGUUUAUCCCAGACGACCCAACUCCGCCACCGACGCCCUGCCAAAGCCGAAAGACCAGCGCGAGUCUGGCGGGAGCCCACACCAACACCCUGCUGCCGGGGAGCGAUGAAGACUUCGAACCUCUGCUGGAGGACAGCAAUGUGUGACUGAUUACUGAAGCGAAAUUACGUUUGGAAUAGCGAAACGAAAGCAUCAACACAUCACAAACCCUCCCCCCAUUCAGCGACUAACAUUUGGGAGCGUGCAGUAUUUAUUUAGUCUGUUUUAUUCUGAUUUAUCGGUUUUGAACCGAUAUCAGUUUAUAAUUUUAAUUGAGGAUUUGUACUUUGUUCUACUUUAAAUACACAACUGAAUCAAUACACUAAGGGCUUGAUAACUGGGAUCAGAUACGCUGUAGUGGAAACGGAGUUGCUUUCUGGUUGGUUCUCGAGGAACUUCGAUUCGAUUCUGGAGUUAUAAUGCAGAACUCUUCAUGUAUUUAGAUCUUUGGGCAAAGUGCAGUAAAGUGUGUUGUUGUUGGAGCUCGUGGUGACUUGAAGCUUAUCGUUGUAGUUGGACGAGAUGCCGUGGUUUCUGUACACAAGCCUUAAAGUCACAUAUCCUGAGUGGUAUGAAAAGGUUUGAAUAGAUUAGAAAUGCAUCCGGGUUGCAAGUGCAUGAUGAGUGUUUGUGGGGAUCUAAACCAAACCCAAGACACUAGAGCACCUGAUGUUUGGUGAAAAGUAGUUACUAAAGCUGACAUAGUUAUUUAGGCCAGUUAUUAUCAAACGGACACAGCUUGAUUGUGAAGUUGCGGGAAAUGUGUGUGUGAGAAGGUAAAAAUUCUAUGCAGCAGUGUAGGGAAUAGUCAAAAUCUUUUGUCUCAAGUUUUAAAGUCAACAUGAAAUCAAAAUUGACCCUAUUUAUUUUAUUUAAACCGAUAUAGUGGUUUUACAGAUUAAUCGUGCUGAUAGUUGCUUUUUUUUUUUUAUUCCUCUAUGAUAGUUGCUUUUUUGUCCAUUGGUUAUCGGCAAAAAUCUAUGUCGAUAGUUGCCGAUAGUUUUUUUUUUUUUAUUCCUCUAUGAUAGUUGCUUUUUUGUCCAUCGGUUAUCGGCAAAAAUCUAUGCCGAUAGUUGCCGAUAGUUUUUUUUUUUAUUAUUCCUCUAUGAUAGUUGCUUUUUUGUCUAUCGGUUAUUGGCAAAAAUCUAUGUUGAUAGUUGCCAAUAGUUUUUUUUAUUCCUCCAUGUUUUCCUCCAUGAUAGUUGCUUUUUUGACUAUCGGCUACCAGCAAAAAUCGAUGCCGAUAGUUUCUGAUAAUUAUUUUUAUUUUUAUUCCUCCAUGUUUUCCUCCAUGAUAGUUGCUUUUUUUUUUACUAUCGGUUAUCGGCAAAAAUCUAUGCCGAUAGUUGCCGAUAGUUUUUUUUAUUCCUCCAUAAUUUCCUCAAUGAUAGUUGCUUUUUUUUACUAUCGGUUAUCGGCAAAAAUCUAUGCCGAUAGUUGCCGAUAGUUUUUUUUUUAUUAUUCCUCUAUGAUAGUUGCUUUUUUGACCAUAGGUUAUCGGCAAAAAUCUAUGCUGAUAGUUGCCAGUAGUUUUUUUUUUUUAUUCCUCCAUAAUUUCCUCAAUGAUAGUUGCUUUUUUUACUAUCGGUUAUUGCCAAAAAUCUUUUCCGAUAGUUGCCAGUAGUUUUUUUUAUUCCUCCGUGUUUUCCUCCAUGAUAGUUGCUUUUUUGACUAUCGGCUACCAGCAAAAAUCGAUGCCGAUAGUUAUUUUUAUUCCUCCAUGAUAGUUGCUUUUUUAACUAUAGGUUAUUGGCAAAAAUCUAUGCCGAUAGUUGCCAAUAGUUUUUUUUUUAAUUUCUCCAUGUUUCUUUGUGGCUGUUAUUACUACAGUAUAACAGCGGCUACUACAGGUGAAAUAAAAAUGAUCACUGACACCUCGUGGGGAUUUGCUGUAUCUAAAUCUUUCAUCAUUGAAAAUAUUCACCCAUAUUUUUAUCCUCACUUCAGUGCACAUUUUGUUAUUUGACUUGAUAAUGACGUUUUUUUAAUUUAAAAAAAAAAAAAGAAAAGCGACUACAUAGAAAGGUGCCCCUUCAUCACACACAUCGUAUCUCCAACUUCAUAUCUUGUGUAUAUAAUAAUAAUACCUUAUUCCUCAUCAAACCUAAUCUGGUGAAAUAUACAUAUAUAAAACCAUUUACCUGGUGAAUAUAUAGGCUAUCAAAAACUUAAUUUGGUGAUGCUGCGGAUGCUGCGUUCCAUUCAACUUGGAAAGUCGGAUUUUCCAACUUCCGACUGGGAAAAGUGCAAUGGAAUGCCACUUGAAGUCGUAAUUUCAACUUGGAAAGUCCUGCGGAAAUUUUAAACUCUGAUUUUGCCGAUAUGCAGGUGUGUGACGUCACACAAUCAUGUCGGCACCCAGGAAGAUAUACAAAAUAAGUGAUAAACAUUCACUUGUAUUAAAUAAUAUCGAUAAAUGAGUCAGAGUUCAUACAUUACAUGAUAUUAAAGCGUGUUUAACAAAUGUUAGCAGAGUAGCAGGUGUUCAAAACAUGGUAAAUGAUACUCUCUUUUGAUAAUCGCACACCUGUAGUCAAACAACUGCUAAGAUAACGGGAGUGUUGCAGUUUUGUUUCCUUAAAAUAUCAUUUUCCGAGCAUCUGACAGUGGAAUACAUUUAUGGUUGGAGAUCGGAGAUAUCAAGUAGGAAUAUCCCACAUCCGCAGCAUUAAUAUAGAGUAUUGUAACAGGGCCAAGUCACCAUAAUUUCAAAAUAAGAGUCCCCAAUGUGUUUCAGGCAUGUUUAUCAUUAAAAGUCCCGUGUUAUGCACCAACUCUUUAAAUAUUCUAUUAUUAUUGUACCCUCUGUGUCUGUGCCCAUCAUAGUAAGGAAAGACUAAGACAAUUUUUUUAACAUUCUAUAAAUCUAUUUUAAAAACUAUCUGCAUUUCCACCACUUUGGUUAUUGGUAUCGGUAUCGGCAAAAUCCACUAUCGGUCGACCUCUACUUUUUACUUUCUUAAUACAAGUUUAGCUGAAUUGACAGCAAUUUUGGCAUAAUGUUAAUUACCACAUUUCAACUCAUCCCUCCUUUUCUUUAACAAAAGCAAAAAUCAAAAGUUACAUUGAGACACUUACAAUGGAAGUCAAUGGGGUCAAUCUUUGGAGGGAUUAAAGGCAGAAAUGUGAAGCUUAUAAUUGUAUAAAACACUUACAUUAAUGCUUCUGUUAAAAAUCAUGCAUUAUUUGAGCUGUAAUGUUGUUUAAAUCGUCUUUUUUUUUAUUUAUUUUUUUUAAAGAAAAGUAGUGACAAGUCGAAAUUAAUUUUUUUAAUAAUCAGUAUUAUGCUACAUAUGCUGUCGCUUGAGCUUAACUUGUAUUGAACCCGGAAUAUUCCUUUAAAACACAUUGUUAUUGUGCACGAAUCAUCUGUGCACAUUAUUCUAAAGAAAAAUAUGUUUUUCUUCAAAAUGUAAUAAUUUGCUCUGCCUCUGAAACAACUUUCUUUUUCUGCAGAUGACACCAAGGUCGCUCAAGUUUCAACCAAUGGGUGUUGGUGGGAAAUGCGUAUUUAUCACAUUAUUUUCUUUGAAUAUUCACAUUAAGUCACAUUAAGGAAGUAUAAUGGGUUGCGAAUGCCGUUUCAUGUUGACUUUAGCUUGUUCUCUGAGAAUAAUGGAACAUUACUCAUGUUUAACUCGAUCUGGUAUUCUAUAGUGUUUUAAAUAGUACAAAAUUAAUCCAAAUAUAAAGUUAGUACUUUAGUACUCCCAAAGAAAGAAUUGCGCUGUGCAAUAGUUGGAGUUUUACUUAAAAUAUUUAUAAUUAAAGGAUAAUUAUAAAUUUUUUUUUUUUUUUUUUAAAGUAGCCAACAUCUAUGCACCAGCUACCUCGUUUAUGGAGGUUUUGAUUUUGUGGAAUGAGGUGAGAAUUUGACCUAAAUCUAUUUUGUAUAUUUUUUUAUCUACUUUAGAAAUUAUUAUUUUUUUAUGUAUAGCCACAUUCCGUUCAAUAUAGGUUUUUGGAUCUUUCCGAAAUCGAUCCAUGAUUGAAGAACUUGUUACUGAGAGAUUAAUAUAUUGUUUGUGUUCCUCAUUAAGUGCCCUUUUUUUUUUCUUUUUUUUUUAUGAAUUCUGUGUGCUCUCAUACAAUAAUCAGGGUUCCCACAGGCAUACACUAUAUGGACAAAAGUAUUGGGACACCUACACAUUACACCUA